AUGGCGGAGGAGGGCGACCGCAUGCGGGAGCUGUUUGGGAGCGAGUCUGAGGAUGACGAUGGACCGCUGCCCGCAUCGACCGCGCCCCAGGCUGGGCCAGAUGACGAGGGUCCGGGACCGGCACCUGCUCCUGUUGAGCAAGACCAGAUGCGGGACCUGUUUGGCAGUGACGAUGAGGACGAGGCAGCCUCCCAGGGAGGCGAUGCGACGGCCUGGGACGACGCAGACGAUGGCUUAGGGGCCCCGCCGCCAGACCGGGGCCCGCCCAUGGAGGUGGAGGUCCCGCUGCACAGCGUUCCCCUCCCCUCUUCCCUGCACCUGGUCAAGAUGAGCAACAUCCUGGGCAUCGAGGCUCGGCCCUUCGACGCCCAGGCCUUUGCCGCGGAGGCCGGGGCCAGCACCGCCCGGGAGCGGCUGCGGGACCACACCACCAUCCGCUGGCGCUGGGGGCGGGACGCCGCUGGCGCCGCGGUGCAGCGCUCCAACGCGCGGCUGGUGCGCUGGAGCGACGGCUCGCAGCAGCUGCUCCUGGGAUCCGAGGUCCUGGACGUGCGGGACAUCGACGUGAGCGGCGACCAGAACUACCUCUGCGCCCGGCAUGCGCAAGUCAUCCAGGGCCAGGGCCAGCUCCUCUCCAAGCUGGUCUUCCAGCCCGCCAGCCUGUCCAGCGGCUUCCACCGCCGCCUGGCCGCCAGCGUGGAGGGCACCAGCGCGCGAGUGGGCCGCGUCAAGGGGACCACUACCCUGGCCGACCCUGCGCGCCAGAAGCGCGAGCGAGAGCUGGCGGAAGAGGGCCGCAUCCGCGACCGCGAGCGCCUGGCCGAGCGCCAGGCGCGCACGAUGCGGCGCUUCGCGCCGCCGGCCGCGCCGGCGCGCGCGCCGCGCCUCUCCUCUGCUUACCUGGAGGAGGACGACGACGAGGCGCUGUUCGGCGACGAGGCCGUCGAUGCGAAGGGGCGUGGCGGCCCGCGUGGGGUGGCCGCCCGGGGCCUUGACAGCGAGGAGGCGGAGGCUCGUGCGGCGGCGCGGCUGGUGGGUGCCAAGAGGGCGGCGCCGGCCUCGUCCCCGGCACCCGCGCGGCCCCGCACCAUCGACAGCGAGGACGAGGGGCUGAGCGAGGAGGACAAUCUCGAUGAUUUCCUGGCGCCGGACGACGAUGAGCCAGAGGCCCCGCCCCGGAAGCCGUCGGCCCCCAAGCAGGCCCCCGCGCCGGCUACCGCCCCCCGUGCCAAGAAGAGGACCGUGUUGCUGGACAGCGAUGACGACGAGUGA